AUGUGGCAGAACUUCGGAAGAGGCUUACGUGUCCCGUGUCAGCUGCUGCCUCUGGGCACCUUGGUGUGGACUUGUGUGACUUUGUUCGUUGUGACCAUUCAAGGAGACGAUGAUGUGCAGCAAGAAGAGGCUGGACAAGCAAGAGAACCACAGCUGGAAGAUGAUGAUUUCCUCGUAGGAAGUGACGCAGAUGAUGGAUUUGAGCCCUUGGAGACCAGAACAUUUCAUGAAGCCUUUCGCCUCUGUAGUGCUGCCAUGGAGCCCUGGUCACAGAGGAUCUCUGCAGACCUCAGGAGCCUCACUGUUGGGGGCGUUCAGCCCUCUAGCAGGAAAGGAAAAAAAACUCAAGUUAACUUUGUGAAUAAAAAUGCAGGCCUUAAAGAAAGAUCUGCUUCAAAGCCAACAGUCCCACCGGAAGAAGCUGAGCCAUACCCGUGGCUGGAGGAGCAGGUUCCCGAGGACUCAGGACCUCGGAAUAUUGAAGAUGAGGUAGAAGAGCAAAUUCAGCCCCUUCUCCAUGAGUCAGUCUACACAGAACAUGGAGACGAUGAUGUGCAGCAAGAAGAGGCUGGACAAGCAAGAGAACCACAGCUGGAAGAUGAUGAUUUCCUCGUAGGAAGUGACGCAGAUGAUGGAUUUGAGCCCUUGGAGACCAGAACAUUUCAUGAAGAAACUGAAGAUAGUUACCCUGUAGAAGAGACAGCUUCACAGGUUUAUAAUCAGGAUAUGGAAGAGAUGAUGUAUGAGCAGGACAAUCCAGAUUCCAUGGAGCCAGUAGUGGGUGAUGAUGAAAGAAGGUACCACGAAGCAGAUGACCUUACAUACCAAGACUAUGAUGAACCAGUAUACGAACCAUCGGAAAAUGAAGGUCUAGAAAGUUCAGAUAAUGCUGUAGAAGAUUCAAACAUAAUUUUAGAAGAAGCGCACAUGCCCCCUGCUGAAGAACAACAGGAAGUACCACUAGUUAAGAAAAAGAAGCCUAAACUAUUAAAUAAAUUUGAUAAGACUAUUAAAGCUGAACUUGAUGCUGCAGAAAAACUUCGUAAAAGGGGAAAAAUUGAAGAAGCAUUGAGUGCAUUCCAAGAACUAGUGCGCAAAUACCCUCAGAGUCCACGGGCAAGAUACGGAAAGGCACAGUGUGAAGACGAUCUGGCUGAGAAAAGAAGGAGCAACGAGGUGCUGCGUGGGGCCAUCGAAACCUACCAGGAGGUGGCCAGCCUGCCUGAUGUCCCCACAGACUUGCUGAAGCUGACCUUGAAGCGGCGCUCAGACAGACAGCAGUUUUUGGGUCACAUGAGAGGCUCCCUGAUUACCCUACAGAAGUUAGUUCAGCUGUUUCCUGAUGAUAUGUCUUUAAAGAACGACCUUGGAGUGGGGUAUCUCUUGAUAGGGGAUAAUCACAACGCUCAGAAGGUCUAUGAAGAGGUUCUGAAUGUGACACCGAACGACGGCUUUGCUAAAGUACAUUAUGGCUUUAUCCUGAAGGCGCAGAACAAAAUUGCUGAGAGCAUUCCCUAUUUAAAGGAGGGAAUAGAAUCUGGAGAUCCCGGCACUGAUGAUGGAAGGUUUUACUUCCACCUGGGGGAUGCCAUGCAGCGGGUUGGGAACAAAGAGGCAUAUAAGUGGUAUGAGCUUGGGCACAAGAGGGGCCAUUUUGCAUCUGUAUGGCAGCGCUCUCUCUACAAUGUGCAUGGACUGAAAGCCCAGCCCUGGUGGACCCCGAAAGAAACAGGCUACACAGAAUUAGUGAAGUCCUUAGAAAGAAACUGGAAAUUAAUCCGUGACGAAGGCCUUGCAGUGAUGGAUAAAGCCAAGGGCCUCUUCCUGCCUGAAGAUGAAAACCUGAGGGAGAAGGGCGACUGGAGCCAGUUUACGCUGUGGCAGCAAGGAAGAAAAAAUGAAAAUGCCUGUAAAGGAGCUCCUAAAACCUGUUCAUUACUAGAUAAAUUUCCCGAGACAACAGGAUGCCGAAGAGGACAGAUCAAAUACUCGGUCAUGCACCCGGGAACGCACGUGUGGCCGCACACGGGGCCCACCAACUGCAGGCUCCGAAUGCACUUGGGCUUGGUCAUUCCCAAAAAAGGCUGCAAGAUCCGCUGCGCCAACGAGACCAAGACAUGGGAAGAAGGCAAGGUGCUCAUCUUUGAUGACUCUUUCGAGCACGAGGUGUGGCAGGACGCUGUGUCUUUCCGGCUGAUCUUCAUCGUGGAUGUGUGGCACCCAGAGCUGACACCCCAGCAGAGACACAGCCUUCCUGCGAUUUAGCAUGUCGUGCAGGCUUGGGACACACUGGAGAGAGGCUGCCUGCUGACUCAAUCUCCUCGGGUGUGGGGACAGAGGUUCCAAGUUUGAGGGCCCAUCAUUCUCUUGAUGGGCAGCUCUCCCAAUUCUAAGGCUCCUCCUAGGGUUAGAAGACAGUAAAUGGAAUAUUUUGCCUUGCUGCAGUUCACGUUGAAAGCCCCCCACUGUCCUUCAUCCCAUGACAGCACCCAUCAUCUGAUGCCGUAUUUGCCGUGAAGACGUGAGAGCUUCUGCCUUGUCAGCCAAAGAUAUUUUUUCCCCCUUUGAAGAGGCCUCAGUCAGUGUCCAAUGAGAAUUCAUGUAGAAACUGUGAAUGGAUCACUUCAGUUUGUAAUUUUUCUAUGCAAUUAUAUUUUUCUAGGGUAUCUAGGCCAUGGUUUUCAUCAUGUACCACUUCUUUUUUGUUGAGUUUAAUAAUAAGCUGUGUAAAUGCUUUACUUCUAGCUGACUUAAUGGUGACUUCCCCUGUGAACUCACACUUCCCUCUUUUAAUUCUGUUUAGUAAAAGACACUCAUAAAGAAGCAAUUUUAUUUUCCUAAUACAAAGGGGAAAGAUGUAAUUACGCUGAUGUCUGUGAACUGUACUGCUUCCCACCCACUGAAUCUGUUUGCUUUCUUAUCUUCAUUGAGAGCCAUUGUCUUAAUGUCUCUCCUCGCCAUGCAAAUGGUGGAGAUGCUGUCUAAGAGGAGCUUUUCACACUGAAACAGGACACAGAGCCAUUUUAUAUUGAGUCACAAAAGUGUCACCAGUAAAUUUUUUUAAUGCCAAGAAUUAGAACUGAAAAAAAAAAAAAAGUAACAUUACUCAAAGUAAAAAUUUUCUCUCGGGAUGAGGCAGACAGGCAGCUGCCAGGACAUCUGGCUCCUUGGGCUCUUUGGCAUCUGAGACAGGCACCGAAUCCAGAGUCUCUUUGCCUGUUGUAAAUCCCUGUACAUGGAUUCCCAUCGCAGUUUUAUAAAAAUACGAAGGAUGGCAGAGCGGAAGCCCAAGAAUGCCAGGGUCUUGGUCCUGGGUUUAGGAUCGCCUUCUUCUCUGAAAGAGUUCGAAAGACUCUUCUCUUUUCCUGGCUUGAGAAACUUCUGCCAUUUAAAUAGAGCUUAGAAGUAGCAGUUGUUAUCCACAGGUUAGCUCUAAUCUUAUCCACAGCAUAGAAACAACUGUUGGAAAAAUGGUCUUGCCUACUUAUUCCAAAGAUGAUCAAAUCAUUAAUUUAGAAGGGCAUUGAUGUAUUAAAUAUUUCAUGUUUCCAAUCAAACUAGACAUGUUACAUAUACGAAUGUAAGGUUGCUCAUGCACCUGAACUUUAAGCCAAUAUGAACAAAAAUGCUGAAGAAAUGACAGGUUAUCAGAUUUCAUUCAUGGGUAGAAAAAACACUUGUGCUUCCUUUCCAUCUAAGGACAAGGAGGAUGAUUUAUCUCUUUUAAAAAGAGUUCUUUACCAUCAAAAUGUACCCUUUUUGCUUGACAUUAGCUUCCAGGUAGAAGGGUUUGUAAAAUAUUUGUCCUGUUCCCUUCUGUUUUGCCAAAAACAGUCCCACUCAAAUAGAUGAAGAAGCAUGUGAGGAAAGUCUCCAAAUGAAUGACCACAGUCCAGAAGAAAAACCAAGCUCUUGAAAAAUCAAAAGGAGUUUUGUCCUUCAGUAUUUAUUGAACAGAAGGAAUGACUGACAAAGGACAAUACAAUCCAAUGCUCAUGUAAUAACAUUCAUGUCACUUCUUGAAUUUGGUUCUCGGAUGUAUAUUGCAUAUACAUAAAGAAAUUUAAAGUAUAAGUUGUCAGUGUUAAACCAUCAUCUUACAUUCAUUUAAUGAAGUCAUGGCAUAGAGUGAAAACUAGCUCUUAACUUAAUAAUUAUAAUAUGGUAUUUAAAAUCAGGUCACUACAGUAGGAUUCUCAAUAUCACCAAUUGAAAAGCCAGAAUUACUACUGUUGCAAAGUGUUGGCAAUAAUUGAUUCCUGUAGCAUUUUAAAUACUUGGAUCCCACAACUGUUUUAUAAACCCGGUCAUAACAUGGAUUUUCUAACUCACUUUAAUUCUUUAUCUUUCUUCCCUAUGGAAUUCCUCAUGGAAUAUAAGAAAAGUGUUUCAGUCGCUGCAUGGGUAGAGUUAUCUCAGCGUUCCUGUUUUGUUAUUUGAAAUGUCUACACAAAACAAAUGGGUUUUAUGUAUACCAUAAUCCAGUCGGUCAAGAAAUAUUUUUAAUUCUAUUUCAAUUUUAUUUCAAGGGUAGAAUACAAAAAUUACGUCUCUUAUUCUCCUCUGCCAGUAGAAAAUAAAUUAAAACACUAGAUUCAUUGAGAAAGAGAUGUAAUAAAUGGUUAAGAUUCGUAAUAAUAUCUACCUAGGUUGAUUAUGGCCAGUUGAAUCACCUCUUUUCUUUGAAUUUUUAGUUAAUCCUCCCAAGUCCUUAAAACAUAAAAUCAUAUUUUUCUGCCCAACUAAAAUAUCUUUUAUUUGACACUGAGCACCAAGUGGUCAUACUGAUUAAUGCUCAUGUCAUGUGGAUGGCUGGGAAGAUAUGAGAUGCCUUAAACACAAACGGGUUUUGGGAAACAUGGCACGAAUAAGGAUAUCCUAUCCUAUGUUACCUGUUUCUCUCUAUUUAAUUUCUUUUGAAUGGAUAGUUGGGGACUCCCAUUUCUACGAAGAAUAGACAAAGAAAUAAAAUGAUCUUUGGCAUUUUAUCCCGCAUUCCUAAUCUUCUCUUAUUGUCAGUACUUGCAUAUUUAGCCAUCGUUAAGGGUCUUCCUCCAUGAUUGGUACCUACUCUCUCAGCAACAGCCAGCUCCAUUCUCCAUACCUUUAACUGGUUGGGGGGAGGGCGGGGAGGGAGUGGGGGCCAUUAAAUGCUUUUGUAGCACUUUUCUUGCCUGUAGUGACCCAAGUGUGGCAAUUUGAAUGAAUCCAUUAAUCACUGACAUGUGUUUUCGAUGAGGCCCCACCCCUCCCUCCACAAUCUCAUGUUGCCUGUGGAAAGUCACGUUAUUAAGAUGAAAUAAUCGUAUUUCAGGUUGUGUGUGUCUUUUUUUUAAGCCAGAUCAUGGUAAUCAUCUGGUGGCCUGACAAGAGAUGUGACAUCAAAAUUGUUCUUGCAGGUUCUCAAAAUAAGCAAACUCUGUGAAGAGCGAGACCUACAAGGACAUGCCCUUGGACUGAACAAUCCAAUGCUGGUGAUGAGGUCAAAGAAAAUAAUUCACUAAGAAUGGAAAUGAUUUGAGAUACUACUGUCUUGGGGCUUUGCACUACGUUGAGCUUGACAAUUGGGUCUGCACAGUUUCCUUCUCAUAUAUCUACUUGGAAAUGCACUUAAUCUUAAGUCACAAAACUUAGAGUGGGUCUCUGUGGUACCUCAGAAAAAUCCUGGCACUAACACGGUGUGUGCAUCAAAUUUAGUUUUCCUUUUUGCAGUUCAUUUAAUACCAUAAAUACGGGGGAGGGGGAAUCAUGUUGACAUGACUGCCUUUGCUUCACCUCCAGUCCCCUCACCAAAAAGAA